AUAUUAUAUACAUGGGUGAUCGUAUUAAGCACAACCUUCCAGCAAAAAGCCUUCAUACUGAAAUGUUAAGUCGUGUUCUUCAUGGUGUGCCGUCUCACAAGAUCUCAGAACAUCUACUCCAUACUUACGAGAAUUUCCAUGGAUGUGUUGCAAAACUAACCGAAGAGGAAGCAAGUACUAUAGCUGGCAUGAAUGGAGUGGUAUCUGUAUUUCCUAAUGAGAAGAAUUAUCUUGCUACAACGAGGUCUUGGGAUUUCAUGGAUUUUCCUUUGAAUGUUAAAAGAAGCAACACCGAGAGCGACAUUAUCGUUGGAGUUAUUGAUAGUGGAAUUUGGCCUGAAUCUGAGAGCUUUCGUGAUGAUGGUUAUGGUCCACCACCUGCCAAAUGGAAGGGUCGAUGUCAAUCUUCACACAAUUUUACAUGUAACAACAAGAUAAUUGGUGCGCAGUACUUUCGAGCAGAUGGAAAUUUUAGCGAUGGUGACAUAGCAUCACCAAGAGACACAGAUGGGCAUGGAACACAUUGUGCCUCCACCGCAGCCGGAGAAGUGGUGGAAAUGGCCAGCUUACUAUGCCUGGGCCAAGGAACUGCUCGAGGUGGCGUACCGUCGGCUAGAAUCGCUGUGUACAAGUCGUGUUGGUCCGAUGGUUGUCAUGGUGCUGAUAUCAUGGCAGCGUUUGAUGCAGCUAUAUCAGAUGGAGUGGACCUCAUAUCAGUUUCACUUAGUGUACGUCGAGCUCAGGAAUAUUUUACGAAUCCAAUUGCUAUAGGAGCUUUUCAUGCAAUGAAAAAUGGAAUCUUCACUUCUGUUGCUGCUGGAAAUUCUGGUCCAGGCCUUGAAACUCUUGAUAAUUUUGCACCAUGGUUGAUCUCCGUAGGAGCUAGUACUAUGGAUCGUCAGUUUACCACCAAGGUGCAACUUGGUAAUGGCAUGGUAUUUGAGGGAACUUCAUUAAAUACUUUUGAUCUCCAAAACAAGGCUUUCCCCCUAAUUUAUGGAGGAGAUGCCCCGGACAGAUCCUCAUCGUCUGAAAUUUCCCGGUUUUGUCGACAAGGAACCUUAAACAGUACAUUAGUGAAAGGCAAGAUUGUCUUAUGUGAUUCUAUAUUUGGCUCAGUGGAGCCCUUCCUUGAUGGGGCAGCAGGGGUAAUAAUGCAGGAUUUACAACCACAUGAUGUGGCUCAUAAAUUUCCUCUCCCUGCAUCUUAUAUUCAUGUCGAUGAUGCAGCUCGUGUUCUCUCUUACACUAGAAACUUAACAAGUACCCCAUAUGAAACUAUACUAAAAAGUGUUCAAGUGAAGGAUACAUCAGCCCCUUUUGUAGCCUCAUUUUCCUCAAGGGGUCCUUCGCCAGUCUCACCAGGUAUCCUCAAGCCGGAUUUGGUUGCCCCAGGAGUAAACAUUCUAGCAGCAUGGUCACCAGUUGCGCCGAUUACCGGAUCAGCUCUUGAUCGAAGGUCUGUGUCAUAUAAUAUGAUAUAUGGGACAUCCAUGGCAUGCCCACAUGUCAGUGCAAUAGCUGCUUAUGUUAAAUCUUUUCACCUUGAUUGGUCAGAAGCUGCCAUUAGAUCUGCUCUCAUGACUACUGCCUCACCAAUGAGCAGAGCUUCAAAUGAAGAUGGUGAAUUAGCAUAUGGUUCAGGCCACCUCAAUCCAUUGAAGGCCGUACACCCGGGCCUUGUAUAUGACGCCAAAGUGGGUGACUAUCUAAAGUUCUUGUGCAGUCAAGGCCUCAAUGCGAGUGUUAUAAGAGUACUGGAUUAUGAAUUUAGCCAUUGCCAAGAAAGUAACACAAAUUGGGAUCUUAAUUACCCGUCGAUUGCGCUCCCUACAAGCUUAUGAUAGAAUAUGCGGCGCAUACGAAAGUUUUGAUGGACCCGAAUAAUAUCAUAAAAUUGUAUUUUCAUUUAUAAUUAAUAGUACAUGUAUGUUUGUGAGAGCUCAUGUCUCUCAUUCACCUUGGUAGAACCCUUUGUUUCUACCUUUCCUAAUAUCU